CAUUUAGUUCAUUUUUUUUUAUUUGAUGCCUGUUGUUUCUGUUGUUUUUUUUUAUUGCAUUGCAUUGGUGAUUAACCAUCAGAUUUGGAUUAAAAACAACCAGAAAAAAAAUCAUUUUUUUCCAAAAAUUAUUUUGGGUUUGUAACUUGGCAACUAUGGUUAACUUUAGUGAAGAUCAAAUUCUAGAAUUUCAAGAGGCAUUCUUUUUGUUUGAUAAUAAAGGUGAUGGAAAAAUAAACGUAUCACAAUUGGGUGAUGUAUUAAGAGCAUUGGGACAGAAUCCAACCGAAAAUGAUGUAAAAAAAUGUUCCAGUCAAUUGAAACCCGAUGAACGAAUUGGAUUCGAAGUUUUUCUACCGAUAUUGCAGACAAUAUCCAAAUCAAGAUCAACAGAUACGGCCGAAGAUUUUAUUGAAGGAUUACGACAUUUCGAUAAAGAUGGUAGUGGUUACAUUUCAUCUGCCGAACUUCGUCAUCUACUCACAACAUUGGGCGAAAAAUUAACCGAUGAUGAAGUUGAACAGCUAUUAGCCGGCCAAGAAGAUAAUCAUGGCAAUGUUCAUUAUGAAGAAUUUGUUCGGCAUAUUAUGAGUGGUUGAUUGAUUGAUUCAUUUUUAACAUAACCAUAUUAACAUCAUAUUCAUAUAUUAUCAAUUUUAGAAAUAUUUAUUAAUUCAAUUUGGAAAAAAAAACAG